AUGGAGGGCCUAUUCUUUAAUGUUAACGGCGGAUACGUCGAGGGCAUCGUUCGUGGCUAUCGCAAUAGCCUGUUGAGCGGCCAGAACUACUCCAACCUCACUCAAUGCGAGACGAUUGAUGAUGUCAAGCUUCAGCUUGCGCCCUCAUAUGGCGAUUUCCUGGCCUCUCUCCCUCCCAACCCCUCCACCUCAGACCUCGCCGGCCGCAUGAUGGAUAAGCUAGUGUCAGAAUUCAAGUACCUGACUGCACAAGCGACAGGUUCAUCUGCUGAGUUCCUUGAGUAUAUGAAAUACGGAUACAUGAUUGACAAUGUCGCCCUGUUGAUCACCGGUACACUGCACGGACGAGAGUUGAAACCCCUCCUGGAGCGUUGCCAUCCUCUAGGAUGGUUUGAAACACUCCCUGCGCUGAUCUCUGCGACGAACAUUGAAGAACUUUACAACAUUGUAUUGAUCGAAACCCCGUUGGCCGCCUACUUCAAGGACAGUUUGAGCCACCAGGACCUGGACGAAUUAAACAUUGAGAUCGUCCGAAACACCUUGUACAAGAACUACUUGGAAGACUUCUACAACUUCAUCACCACUCACCCCGAUUUCCGGGGGUCACCAACGCAAGAUGUCAUGGCGGAGAUUCUACAGUUUGAGGCAGACCGCCGCUCAAUCAACAUCACCCUCAACUCCUUUGGCACCGAUCUCUCAAAGAGCGAGCGAGCGAACCUCUACCCUCAAAUUGGCAAGCUUUACCCGGAAGGUAACUACAUGCUGGGUAAAGCAGAGGAUCCCGAGGGUGUGGCCCUCGCUUGCAGUGCCGUGGCAGAUUACAAGGCAUUCUUUGAUAAUGUCCAAGGCGGUCUUGGCGGCAUGGGUGGUGGCUCUCCGGAUGGCAAGAGUCUAGAGGAUCUCUUCUAUCAAAAGGAGAUGGAACUAUCAAAGUUGAUUUUCACCCGUCAGUUCACACCGGCGGUGGUCUACGGUUGGAUGAAGCUCAAGGAGCAGGAAAUUCGGAACGUGACAUGGAUUUCUGAAUGUAUUGCCCAGAACCAGAAGGAGAGAAUUGGGAACUUCAUUUCCGUAUUCUAA